AUCAAUAUUUUUACAACCUCAAUCUUACUAAUUUUCAUUCUACUUUUAUCCCCAAUCUUUAUUUCAAUACUUAACUUAACUAAACACAUUAAUUUUCCAUUAUAUACCACAACAUCAAUCAAAUUUUCUUUCAUCCUAAGCCUAUUUCCACUACUAUUAUUCCUCUAUAACAAUAUAGAGUACAUAAUUACAACCUGACAAUGAAUUACUAUAAAUUCAAUAAAACUAACAAUAAGCUUUAAAAUUGAUUAUUUCUCAAUCUUAUUUAUAUCAGUAGCCCUAUUCGUCACAUGGUCAAUUAUACAAUUUUCUUCUUGGUACAUACACUCAGACCCACAUAUCAACCGAUUCAUCAAGUAUCUUACAUUAUUCCUAAUUACUAUAUUAAUCCUAACCUCAGCCAACAAUAUGUUUCAACUAUUCAUUGGUUGAGAGGGAGUUGGAAUUAUGUCCUUCCUAUUAAUUGGAUGAUGAUAUGGACGAACAGACGCAAACACUGCAGCUCUCCAAGCAAUUUUGUAUAAUCGCAUCGGAGACAUUGGAUUUAUUUUAGCCAUAACUUGAUUCUCCCUGAACAUAAACUCAUGAGAAUUUCAACAAAUCAUGCUCUCUAAUAAUGAUAAUCUUAUUCCACUUACAGGGUUAUUAAUUGCAGCUACAGGAAAAUCCGCACAAUUUGGCCUUCACCCAUGACUUCCAUCAGCAAUAGAAGGUCCAACACCAGUCUCAGCACUGCUACACUCAAGCACUAUAGUAGUUGCGGGAAUCUUCCUCUUAAUCCGAUUUCAUCCGUUAACAUCAAACAAUGACAACAUUAUAACAAUCAUAUUAUGCCUUGGGGCCCUAACCACACUAUUUACAGCUAUCUGCGCUCUCACACAAAAUGACAUCAAAAAAAUUGUAGCUUUCUCUACAUCAAGUCAACUUGGCCUAAUAAUAGUUACCCUAGGCAUAAAUCAACCAUACCUAGCAUUCCUGCACAUCUGCACCCACGCAUUUUUUAAAGCCAUACUCUUUAUAUGCUCGGGCUCAAUCAUUCACAGCCUAGCCGAUGAACAAGAUAUUCGAAAAAUAGGUAACAUAAUAAAAACUAUACCAUUUACUUCAUCUUGCAUAAUCAUCGGAAGCCUAGCCCUCACAGGAAUACCCUUUCUAACAGGAUUCUACUCCAAAGACCUAAUUAUUGAAGCAAUCAAUACCUGUAAUACCAACGCCUGAGCCCUACUCAUUACACUAAUUGCUACAUCCAUAACAGCAAUAUACAGCAUGCGAAUCAUCUACUUUGUAACAAUAACAAAACCACGUUACCCUCCACUAAUUUCCAUUAAUGAAAACGAUCCAGACCUUAUUAAUCCAAUUAAACGCCUAGCAUUAGGCAGUAUCUUCGCAGGAUUUAUUAUUUCUUAUAACAUCCCACCAACCAACAUUCAAACCCUCACAAUACCAUGAUUCCUAAAAACAACAGCCCUUAUUAUUUCAGUACUAGGCUUUCUCAUUGCACUUGAACUAAAUAACUUAACUAUAAAAUUUUCCACAAACAAAUCAAACUCAUUUUCAUCUUUCUCAACACUACUAGGCUAUUUUCCACCAAUCAUGCAUCGAAUUAUACCUAUAAAAUCACUCAAUAUUAGCCUCAAAACAUCCCUAACCUUAUUGGACUUAAUCUGACUAGAAAAACUAAUCCCAAAAUCUACCUCAACCAUCCACACAAGCAUGACUACCCUUACAACCAACCAAAAAGGCCUGAUCAAACUAUACUUUAUGUCAUUUCUAGUAAGCAUAAUCUUAAUCAUUAUUAUCUACAUAAUUAAUCCCGAGUGAUCUCAAUAA